CAAACACACUCUUAUUACAGCUACCGAGGAUCUAAUUGAACCCCCUCUAGCAAUAACAGAGAAAAUUCUUCUUCACUGAGAGGGCUCUUCGGGCAUAUCUCAGUUUUUUAUGUGGACUAAAAAAUACUAAUCUGUCUUCACAAAGGGAACUUUUCCUCGCCUUGUCUAAGUCUACAAAAAGAGAGCAACGGUUUUAAGAUUUCUUCUCAUCAGUGUCGCUCUGGACUGCCUUGUGAACAAGGCUUUUUGAAAGUGGAACCAGAAUGCUUUAUCUGAAGAAGUACCUCACAGAGGGCCUGAUUCAGGUGGCCAUACUGCUGAGCCUUGUUGGUAUGCGUGUGGAUGUGGACCCCUAUCUGCCUCCCCUCCGAGAGAUAAUCAGGGGCCCCAGUUCAGCACUGACUCAGACCCAGUUCCACAACCUCCGCAAUUCGCUCGAAGGCUACGGUAUCCACCCCAAGAGCGUGGACCUAGAUGAGUUUUUCUCAAACCGGCGGCUCUUGAGCUGGGUCCGUUCUCUGGAUCGCUUACGAGUACCAGCUGCAGAGUUGGAAACCUGGCUGGUGCACCGGGAAACCGACAACCUCGUGUCCAUCCCUGCCCAAACUGGGAGCUUGGAAGUAAGCAGCGGGCUGGAGGACAUAGAGGAAAAUUCAGGCUUGAUUACCAGGAUGGGAAGUGAAGAUGCUGUGGCUGAUUUGGGGUACGGUCCGGCCUUGGAGAAUGGCCUUGGUGCUGGGGCCUCUCUCUCCAGAGAACCAGGGCAGGACAACAGAAAUGACCUCAACAGAGAGGAGAUGGAUGAAUCAAACCUGCCAUGGCAACAGGGAACCAAUCAUGGUUCUGGCCAGGGCCCUUUGUACCAUGGGAACCUCCAGUACCUUGGUUCUUUUGAUGAAGGGGGGGCAGAGGAGGAAAAUCAGGUUGGAACCGAUGUCUGGAGGGAUCGAGACCCAUUUCCCAAUCAGAUGAGCAGAACAUUUGGAGAUGGCAUGCAGGAUCAGUUUAAUGGUUUGGAAGUCCAAAAUUCACAGUCCUUAGAGGAAUGUCUUCAACUUUUGGAGGCAAACUUCCCACUAGGACAAGAGCCAGAGUCAUCAGAUCCAUACCUGGAAGGAAUUGCCGAAGAAGAUCAAUUUUCUACCCAGAGGCCUCUCCUCUCUCCCUUUCUGCCUCAAGAGGAACCCAUCCUGGACCUUGAACAGCAAUGGCAAGAUCUCUUAGCCAUAAUGGAGCCUCAGGACAUGGAUGUAGAUCAUGCAAAUGAUGACACUUUCCUCAGUGUCAGAGGUGCGGAUGGUGUGGAUGAUUCAAGGCACCAUGCUUCUCUUCCAAGAUCCCAUGGAGAAACCUGCCCAUUCAUCAGCGUCCCAGAACAAGUCCCUGGCCUCAGUAACCAUUUUCAGCCUUCCCUGAACAACUUAACCUUGAGUACAUCUUCUUGCUUGGACCCCACAUUUGAUCAUGCUGACAUCGAUGACCUCUUCCUACCCUUAGCAUCUGCACCCAAUAGCACUGAAACUGAAGGCGGUGGGAGGGAUGAUGACCUUUCUAAUUCGUUUCUUGAAGAUCAGGCCAUGUCAGCUGCCCUCUCCCCGUUCCUUGAGGGAGCCAUGCUGGAUGAAAUCAGUUUAAUGGAUUUGGCUCUGGAAGAGGGGUUCAACCAAACACAGGUCUCACAGCUACAAGACCAGAUUGAUUCGGAUUCUGGGCUAUCACUAGACUUCAGCCAAAGCCCAGUUUCUCCAAGUGGGUCAGAAUCUUCCUGUACCUCCUCAUCAUCGUUAUGCUCUUCGUCAUCUUUCAACUCCUCAGAUUCCUCAUCUGAAGAAGGAGCGGUGGGCUACAGUCACAAUGAAAGUGACAUAACGUAUCUGGAGCGGGGUGCAGUCGGAGGCCCCGGCGCUGAGCAAGACAAGGUGUCCAAUUUACGUGAUUUUCAACGGUUUCCCUGGCUUAACCAUAUUGGGCAUGAUCAUACCUACAUCCAGCCUCACCACUCCAAUUCUAACCAAAGAAAGUCCUCAGUGCAGUCUUGUAGCGACCCCGCAAAACAUAAUUCCCUGGACAAGCCAUCAAGCAGAGAUGAGCGAAGAGCGAACGCCAUGAAAAUCCCAUUCUCCAAUGACCGAAUCAUCAACUUACCUGUGGAGGAGUUCAAUGAGCUGCUUGCUAAAUACCGUCUUAGUGAGGCUCAGCUUACCCUUAUCCGAGACAUCCGCCGACGGGGCAAAAACAAACUGGCAGCCCAGAACUGCCGCCGAAGGAAGCUAGACGUCCUGUUGGGGCUGGAACAUAGUGUCAAUGGUCUACGCCGCCGUCGUGCCCAGCUCCUGAGAGAGAAGUCUGAGGUCUUGCGUUCAGUCAAGGAGAUGAAACAACGGCUACACGACCUCUACCAGGAAGUGUUUGACAGGAUCAGAAAUGAGCAAGAGAGGCUUUGCCUUCCUGAUGACUACAUCAUGCCGCUGGACGGUAACAGCAAUUCUAUGCUGUCUUCCCAACGUGGGCCAGGCUCAGAUUUGAGGCGCAAGUCAAAUAAGAGACAGAAAGACAAAAAGAAGUGAAAUAAGAAGUGAUGGAUUGGAGACUGUUAAAUUUUCUAGACUGUGACCUAUUGGGAAAGGACAGGGACAACGAUGUGACUUGACUACUGCAAGGGUCCACAAUUUCCUCCCUUUUGAUUAAAUUUUCGCCUCGUACUGUUGGUGCCUGGAAAAACAAGGCAGUCACAAGUAAUACAGACAGGGUACGGCUGAAAGAUGAUGCAGUCCUGCAAGAGAUGUCAAGGAGUAAUUUCACAUCAGAAAAGGUGGGAAAAAAAAAUUCGGGUGGGGGAUAUGUGGUCUCAAAAUGAACACAAUGAUGAGGAGAAGGGUACAUUAUGAUCAAACUUCAGCAAUACCCCAAUGAGUGAUGAAGUUGUUUUUAACAAUCUGCCUUGAAUUUACAAUGACAAGAGAACAGAAGGAAAGGGAGCCAAGGACACAACAGUGCAAGUCUUAGGAAGGUUUCUGGUUGAGAAAUUAUUGAAGCUAUGCCAGUUUUUUUGUAAGAUAUAUAAUGGUGUUUUUUUUUUUUUUAACCUGCAUGUUUACCAACAAAAGGCAGGUCGUGUUAUAUUUACUUGAACAAAUAAGUAAACGAUGUCUGUGAUGUCUCUCACAGGAGCCUCUCGGUAAGGUCUGGCGCAGCAACACAACAAUAAUAGGAUAGUUUUUAUUGAUACAAGUUUAGCUUCAUUAAAGUAUGAUUAAAUCUAAAUGAGCCAAUCUGGACAAAAGGCCUCCAGGUGAGGUGGUAAAAUGACACAGACCCGACAUGUUUAUUGAGGGAUAUAGAAUUCAGGCCCAUAAGUCCAAAGGUCUUGCUGAGCUCUGUUUCUAAACAACCACUAUGUGCAAAAAGUUGUUUUCAAGGUAACAGUCAGGCUUUAAUUAUGAGAUGAAUAGGAAUAGCAGAGGAGCACGUGGGCCUGGAGUACCAGACAGUACUGGUUUAAAGAAUGCCUCAUGUGAAGAUAGAAAGAGCUUGGUCUAAAAAGGCGUAGCACUUCUCAAAUGAGAAGAUAAAACACUGAAGCCUAUCAUUUGGCAGGUCCAUUGGUAAACCGUUAAAAAACUGAAACAAAUUGUUUAUUAUGCAUCUAGCGUUUAACUAUUUAUAAUCCAGUAGAUGACUCAGAACAACAUCGUCGUAACUGUGGAGUAGCAUUCAAAAAUGGAUAUUUUCACUAGUGACUUAACUCCUGAACAAGUGCAUCCCUGAUAUGCACAUAAACACAUACAUAGCUUAAAAAUGAACUAUGAAUUAUGGUGAAGACAUGGAUAUGUGAACUAAAGAUCAGCGAAGCUUAAUUUUCACUUGAACAUGUCAGUGAAGACUUUCAUGUCAAAAGUUUGGCACUAAAAUUUUAAAAUGUUUUGGUUGUCACGGGUAGUGCUGUUAAUGUAAAUUGUUCCUUGUGGGAAACAAAGUAAAAAAUAAUGGCAAAAAUAUUACAAAUGUUGAGAAGAUGAUAUGACUCU